AUCCAUACAACAUGUCAAGAUGAACUUAAGACCAUCUUUGAUAUCAGAUCUAACUAUGAACACCACCUAUGAUUCUCUGUACCAAACUGGGGAUACACUGUUGAAAUGCAUCUUACUUUGAAUCUCUAUUCGAUGUUGCAAAUAGAGAAAAUAUUUCACGCAACUCGCGACUUAUCUUGCAUAUUCCACGUAUAUGCGGCAUCUGUCAGAAACGUCAACGUUUGUCCGAAUUCAAUCGUCACAGUGCAAAACAGAUGAAUUAAUUUGUUUGAGUUUUUAUUACUAUCCUUGAGCCGAAGAUAUUUGGCACGUAGGCUGAUGUACUUUGAAAACGGCAGAGUUAAAAUUAUACUUUGUACCAUAUCACCUUUAUUGCGAUCCGUUUACGGCAUACCAGCUGUAUCAACGAUUUCUACAUCCUACCCAAGUGGUACCCAUUAGAAGGAUGUUUUUUCAGCUAUCUUUAGCGAUCUUACUUUUACAUUUAGUAGAUGGUAAUUACUUUAGAACUAAUUCCCGAAGAGAUGAUCAAUGCUUCUGCAAGUUGAAAGGUUCUAUAGACGACUGCACCUGCAAUGUGGAUACUGUGGACUACUUUAAUAAUAUGAAAAUAUACCCGAGAAUUCAAAGUCUUCUAGUCAGAGAUUAUUUUAGAUUUUAUAAAAUAAACUUGAAGCAAGACUGUCCAUUUUGGGCAGACGACAGCAAAUGCGCUAUUCGUUAUUGUCAUGUAUUACCUUGUCAAGAUGAUGAUAUUCCGGAAGGUUUGAAGGGAGAUGUCCCAAGAAAUAUACACUUGAACGAGAGCCCAGUAGACAAAUACAGACCGAAUGCUCAACAAUUGACUAACUGUAGGCACAGCGCGAAAGAUCAUAAUAUAGAACUCGGUUACUUAAACACGACGAUUAGUAUGGAGAAUUACAAAGAAUUUGAAAGAUGGCAGCGGCACGAUGAUGCACAGGAUAAUUUCUGUGUAAAAGAAUCUAGUCCUGGGGAAUACGUGGAUCUUUUACUCAAUCCCGAAAGAUAUACUGGAUAUAAAGGUGUCAGUGCGCAUAGAAUUUGGCGGAGUAUUUACAUGGAGAAUUGUUUCAGGCCUGAAAAUUCACCUCACAUUUUUAUACAAUCUUCUAAGAUGAACGGAAUGUGUUUGGAAAAACGAGUUUUUUACCGAGUCAUAUCCGGCUUGCACGCUAGCAUUAAUAUACAUUUAUGUUCGAAAUAUUUGCUAGUCUCUCAAGAUGGUUUGCGAGCAUCGUCCGAUGAUAAUCAGUGGGGUCCUAACUUGGAAGAGUUACAAAGAAGAUUUUCCUCCGAAACAACAGGCGGUGAAGGCCCCAUCUGGCUAAAAAAUUUAUAUUUUACUUAUUUACUUCAAUUGAGAGCUUUAGCUAAAGCUGCACCUUAUUUGGAAAGAGAGGGAUAUUAUACAGGAAAUAAAGUGGACGACGAAGAUACAAGACUGGCUAUGAACAACAUAUUAAGCAUUGUCAAGUCAUUUCCAGAACAUUUUAACGAGACAGUUAUGUUUACCGGUGGAACACAAGCGCAAUUGUUGAAAGAAGAAUUUAGACAACAUUUUAGAAAUAUUUCACGUAUCAUGGAUUGUGUAGGAUGUGAGAAAUGCAAGUUAUGGGGUAAAUUGCAAAUUCAAGGCUUGGGUACCGCGUUGAAAAUAUUAUUCUCGGGUAAAUUCGAUAGAUGGGAACCGACGCUCAACAAUCUGAACCGGAAAUUAUUCUUCUUAGAGAGGAGUGAAAUUGUCGCAUUGGUAAAUGCUUUUGGAAGAUUAUCAGAAAGUAUCUUCGAGUUGGAUAGGUUCCGCAGGAUGAUGAGAUAACGCACCAACAAUUUAUAAUGAGGAAUUUUCCAGUACUACGAAACAUCACACAAAAACAUCACUUUAUUCGGGUUUGAUGAUAUCAUCAACCGCAAUCAACGUCCGUAUCUUGAAUAUACACAAUUCUCUCUUCCGAUAUUAUUAGUAACACACACACACAUAUACACACACACACACACAUCAACAUUUUAUAUUAUAUAUAUAAAUAUAUAUAGGACUGGUCCCAUCAGAGUUUCCUUAUGCUAAUCAAUAAAUUAGAUUUCUUAAUAUCGUAAUAUAUAGCUACUUUGUAUUAUAAUUGAAAUUAUUGCUAUAAUAUAUAUAUAAAGUAAAAGUGAAGAUAAAUUAACGGGUGAAAAAAGUUACUUGUGCAAGUGGAUAUUAUAUAUAUAUAGAAUAAGAAGAGACUGUCCUCCGAAUUAAUAUUUUUUUCCGAUUCUGUGUUGUAACUUUUGACUCCGUCUGUGAUAAAUAUUUUAUCUAAGGUACAUAUUUUUACAUGACUUGGAUGUAUAUUAUAUUUUAAAUUUAGUGUUCCGU